GCGAUGGCGGCGGCAGUAGGGGCGGCAGGUCGGCUAGGUUGGGUGCUGGCCGCGCUCUGCCUGGGCAACGCCGCGGGGGAGGUGACGCCGGGCUCAGAACUGCUGGGCUUCUGCUUGGAGGAGGACGGAGCGUCGGGCGCUGGGCUAGUGCGUGGAGUGGCCGCGCCCGAGGCUACCUUCCGCCUCCGACUCUUCGGUUCAGGCUUUGCCAACAGCUCUUGGACCUGGGUGGCCCCCGAAGGGGCCGGCUGCCCGGAGGGCGAGCUGGCUGCAGCGCCUGAGGAGGCGGCGGCGGCCCCCGCGGGCGAGUGGCGCGCGCUGUUGCGCCUGCGCGCCGAGGCCGGGCGCCCGCGCUCCGCGCUGCUGGCUGUGCGCGUGGAGCCGGGCGGCGGGGCCGAGGAGGAGGCGGCGCCGCCCUGGGCGCUGGGCCUGGGGGCGGCGGGGCUGCUGGCGCUGGCGGCUUUGGCGCGCGGCCUGCAGCUGAGUGUGCUGGCGCUGGCGCCGGCUGAGGUGCAGGUGCUGCGCGAGAGCGGCUCGGAGGCGGAGCGUGCGGCCGCGCGGCGCCUGGAGUCCGCGCGCCGCUGGUCCGGCUGUGCUCUGGGCGCGCUGCUCUUGGUCACCAGCCUGGCCCAGGCGGCGCUGGCCGUGCUGCUGUACCGCGCCGCGGGCCAGCGCGCCGUGCUCGCUGUGCUGGGCUGCGCGGGGCUUGUGUUCCUGGUGGGCGAGGUGCUGCCGGCCGCCGUGAGCGGGCGCUGGGCGCUGGCGCUGGCGCCCCGCGCGCUGGGCCUCAGCCGCCUGGCGGUGCUGCUCACCUUGCCCGUGGCACUGCCGGUGGGGCAGCUGCUCGAGCUGGCCGCUCGGCCUGGACGACUGCGCGAGCGCGUGCUGGAGCUGGCGCGGGGCGGCGGCGACCCGUACGGCGACCUCAGCAAGGGCGUGCUGCGCUACCGGACCGUUGAGGAGGUGCUCACGCCCCUCGAAGACUGCUUCAUGCUGGACUCCAACGCUGUUCUGGACUUCGGCGUGCUGGCCAGCAUCAUGCAGAGCGGGCACACGCGCAUCCCGGUGUAUGAGGAGGAGCGCUCCAACAUCGUGGACAUACUCUACCUCAAAGACUUGGCCUUCGUGGACCCCGAGGACUGUACGCCUCUCAGCACCAUCACCCGCUUCUACAAUCACCCACUCCACUUCGUCUUCAACGACACCAAACUGGACGCCAUUCUGGAGGAGUUCAAGCGAGGGAAGUCCCACCUGGCCAUUGUGCAGAAGGUGAACAAUGAGGGCGAAGGUGACCCCUUCUACGAGGUGUUAGGCCUGGUCACCCUGGAGGACGUCAUUGAGGAGAUCAUCAAGUCUGAGAUCCUGGACGAGUUUGAAGACUUUCGAGAUGCCAAAGUGAGGAAGAAGACUGUUUCCCUGAGCACCCCUCUUAAGCGGAAGGAGGAAUUCUCCUUGUUCAAGGUGUCUGAUGAUGAAUAUAAAGUAAAAAUCUCGCCCCAGCUACUCCUGGCCACCCAGCGCUUCCUUUCCCGAGAGGUAGAUGUGUUCAGUCCAUUGCGAAUCUCCGAGAAGGUCUUGCUGCACCUGCUGAAGCAUCCCAGUGUCAACCAGGAAGUGAAAUUUGAUGAGAGUAACCGCCUGGCCGCACACCAUUACUUGUACCAGCGUAGCCAGCCAGUGGACUACUUCAUUCUCAUUCUGCAGGGUAGAGUCGAGGUGGAAAUUGGGAAGGAGGGCCUGAAGUUUGAGAAUGGGGCCUUCACCUACUAUGGAGUUUCUGCUCUGACAGCACCGUCCUCAGUUCACCAGUCCCCGGUGUCCUCAUGCCUGCCCAUCCGCCAUGAAACACAGCUUGAGCCAGCUGAUGGCACCCGUUCUGCAUACUGUCCUGAUUACACCGUGAGAGCCCUCUCUGACCUACAGCUCAUUAAGGUCACACGACUGCAGUACCUCAAUGCACUCCUGGCUACCCGAGCCCAGAGCCUGCCAUCAUCCCCUGAAAACACUGACCUUCAGGCCAUCCCUGGCAGCCAAACUAGGCUCCUUGGUGACAAGUGUGCUGAGGCAACAGCCUUCCCAGUACACCUUUCCCUCUUUGGCACAUUUGGAAACUGCAGUUGAUAAAUGACUGUGGACUAGUGAGCAUUUUUUGUUUUAAGAAAACACCAAGGGUCCAGCCACACCAGGCCAAGCAUCCCAGUGGAGGAGAGCCCUGGGCGGAACCCAGGAGUCUAACUGCCAGGCAGCCCUCAGCUGGGAAUGGCUAAGCAUGAGGAGAGCUGGAGAAAGCUGAACAGGAGUUUUGUGUCAGCCUGUCCCCACUCCUCCCGGCCACGUUUUAGAUGGCCCUUACAGAUGUGGGCCCUGGGCCUCCUCAGUGCCAGGAGAUUUCAGCAGGCCCUGCCUUCCUUUAGGAGAUGGGGUCAGCAGGGCACAGUCCUCAAGAAGCCUGCUUCUGGAGGGAACGAAAGGAACAGCAGUAUCUCUAGUCCCUGGGGCCCAGCCCCGCCUCUGACGCUGUAACAGUGCAGUGUGUUUAUACCUCUUUGAGCCAGGUGCCACAUGAGUGCACAGUUGGCCGUGACCUAUGCUCACUUUGCUUUUCAUGGCUUCUGUUGCUGGCAUCACUGUGUGAGCAGACUAAGAGAGUUCCAGUUUAGGCUGGGGGGUUCAAAUCCAAGGCUUUGUCCCUGGUGUACUUUCUGGCUUCCUUGUAAUGCUGUAUCUUGAUUUGUGCACCCGUUUUUCCCAUGUGCCAAACCUAGAAGUACCAUUCCUCACAAGUCUGCCCUAGUCUUGCUCCCUCCUGUGGAGGUGGUUUUUCUGAUCCCUUAUAGAAUCAUGAACAGCAGGCUGGGCCCAGUGACAUUGGGGAGUCCUGUCUAGCAUGGCUCAGGGGUCAGCUUUCUUCUCCAUUUGCGGUGCAUAGCUACCACUAACAGUAUUGUUGGUUUCUGUUUUGUGAAGAGGUUACAUGGAAGGCAGGGAUCUUCUUCUGCAUCAAAUGUUGACUGUCAAGCCAUGUGUGGUGGUGCAUGCCUUUAAUCCCAGCAAUUGGGAGGCAGAGGUAGGAGGAUUGCUGUGAGUUCGAGGCCACCCUGAGACUACAUAGUGAAUUCCAGGUCAGCCUGAGCUAGAGUGAGACACUACCUCAAAAAAAAAAAAAAAAAAAAAAGUUGACUAUCCCCAGGAGAGAGUGACCAUCAGUUGUAACCUGUCUUGUACCUUUCUCCUAUCCUAUGCCUCCAGGGAGAUGUGUGGCUGUAAUGUGUAUGGAGAACACCAAGGAGGCAGAUAGAGGAGUUUUCUUAUGUCUCUGAAACAUUUCAAGUUCUCUGCCUUUUUCUCUUCCUACUGACUGUUUCAGAAAAGUGGGAAUGAGAGGGCAUUUGUCUUUUUCUUCUAAUUUUAUCUUUAUUUUCCUUCCACUGUUAGCUAUGUGGAAACCAAGGUAUCACCAAGACUUAUGGGACCUUAAAUUAGGGAGGGAAGGAGGAUUUCUAGAUGCUUCCUUCAAAGAAAUUUGGAUCCUUGUAAAUGAGACUGAGGGCCAAAAACAAACCUUCGCCAAAAAUAAAAAAGCGCUUUUUAAGAAACUGUCCUCCAGGAAUAUGCUCUAACAACAAAUCCAGGUGGGAAACAAAUACUUUAAGACUAUCUCUCCAGAGCAGGUUCUGAAACUUAGCCACAAUUCAGAAUCACUUGACAAAUUAAAAAUGCUGACCCUGGGACUGCUAGAGUUAGUCUUUGUGAACACCAGGGUUAUAUUUUUUAAAUAGUUGUAGAUCCAUCCAUAAAUUAGUUCCAUAUACCCUUCACCCAGCUUCCUAUACUGUUAGUAUCCUAAAGAACCAUGAUAAUUUAUCAAAACUAAAAAAAUUAAUAUUAGUGCAGUAUUCUUGAACUACAGACUUGUUUUGGAUGUUACCGUUUUUUUCAGGUAAUGUGCUUUUUCUGUUGCAAUGUAGGACACCAGAUUGUACUUGGAGGUAUUAAUUUUAUUAUUCCUUUUUAUUUUGAAUAAUUGCAGAUUCAUAGGAAGUUGCAGAUAGAGAUCCCAUUAGUCCUUUACCUAGUUUUCCUCAAUGGUCAUAUCUUACAGAAUUAUAAUAUCAAAACCCAGACUUUUGACACUGGUGCAAUAUGGCUGUAGAGUUCUGCAUCAUUUGUGUCGAUCUGUGUAACUACUGCCAGUCUACUAGAUCUGCUCUGUCACCACCAAGAUCCCCAAGACUGUUCCUUGCUCCUUACAAGAGCCCCUACUGCCAUGCCUAACCCUUAGCAAUCACUAAGCUCUUGUUCAUCUUUUACUUUGUCAUUUCAAGAAUGCUGUACAAUUAGGUAGUCAUUUGGGAUUGGCUUUCUUCACUCAGUAUAAUUCUCUGGAGAUUCAUCCAGGUCGUUGUAUAUGUCAAUGGUUCAUUUUUGUUGCUAAAUGGUAUCCCAUGGUGUAUCAUUGUUCUGUCAAAAGGACAUCUGGGUCAUUUCCAGUUUUUUGGCCUAUUCCAAAUAAAGCUGCUAUGAACAUUCCUAA